AGUGUUUUAAUUUGUUAAUCGUUUUAGUGUUAAGCAUGUUUUAUUUUGUGCGAAAUGCCUCAUCUAUACUGUGCUACGACUGCAACAGCGCUUUUGACCCUCGCUGUGGUGAAGAGUUCGACUCGUUUAGCCUGGGCAUCGUUAAUUGUUCCCUCAGAGACCCCUUGGAACACAUGCCUGAUGUUGAGCCUACGCUUUGUCGCGCAAUUAAGAUGGAAAUCUACGGAAAAAUUCGCGUAGUCCGUCAAUGUGGCUACAUAGCUGAAGAAAACACGGAACAGUCCUGCAGGAAGCAAUCAAGCUCGGGUGAUCUAUUUGUCACUUAUUGCAGUUGUGACACGGAUCUAUGCAAUGAUGCUCCGGCGCAUGUUCCUGUGAUGAUAUUCGUAGUUGUAUUGGCGUUCACGGGUAUUGUGCUAUGAUUUUGAAAUGUGUGUCUUUUAGACUAAUUUUGUUGUUUUCUUCUUCAGAAUAAAUUUAAUGUAUUCAGUUAAGUGCGUCUUUUUUAUUCAUAAGACACACUGUAAGUUGUAGAAAAUGAAAUUAAUAAAAC